AUGCGUCUGGUUCAGUUCCAUCACGCUGAAGACCAGGGAAGGAGAGUCCGGGUCGGCGUGGAGCGAGGAGAAGGAAUGGACGUGGUGGAUUUGAAAUUGUUUGAUCCAUUGGCUCCUUCCACCAUGAAAGAACUGCUGGAGUUAGGUGACAAGGGCCUGGAGCUGGCAAAGAGCGCUUUGGAUUCUGGUCGGUGUGUGCUGAGCCGCUCUGACGUCAGGCUGUUGUCUCCCGUCACGUCCCCAGAGAAGGUGGUGUGUGUGGGCAUGAACUACCGCGAUCACUGCCUGGAACAGAAUGCCCCCAUCCCCAAAGAACCCAUCGUUUUCAGCAAGUUUCCCAGCGCCAUCACCGGCCCCUACGACGACAUCAUCCUGCCUUCAGAGAGCCAGGAAGUGGACUGGGAGGUGGAGCUGGCGUUUGUGAUUGGACGAAGAGGGAAAAACAUUAAGGAGGAAGACGCUCUCUCCCACGUGGCCGGGUUCACCGUGGCUAACGACGUGAGCGCGCGGGACUGGCAGAUGAGGAGAAAUGGAAAGCAGUGGCUUCUGGGAAAAACGUUUGAUUCCUUCUGUCCCCUGGGCCCGGCUCUGGUCACAACAGACUCCGUGACAGAUCCACAUAAAUUGGCCGUACGUUGUCUGGUUAAUGGGGACACGGUGCAGGACAGCAGCACGGAGCAGAUGAUCUUCGGCGUGGAAAAGCUGGUGGCCUGGGUUUCGAGGUUCAUGACUUUAGCUCCUGGAGACGUGUUCCUGACUGGGACGCCUCCUGGAGUUGGAGUUUUCAGAUCACCGCCGGUUUUCCUCAAGGAAGGAGACAUUGUGGAGUGUCAAAUAGAUCAGAUCGGCUCAAUAAUAAAUAAAGUCGUCUGA